GCAUUUCCGCACUCCAGCGCACAGUUGUGAAGUGCCGAACAGUUAGGUGCCACAAUAGCAGGGAAUUUGCGGUUAUAAUAAAUAUUCAAUAAUCACAUACCUCUACUAAAUGUCAAUCUAAACUUCAAACUUUACUGUUUCUGCGUUCAGCUUUCGAUGGAGCAGCUCAGAUGCCCGUCCACUGACAAGGAAGCCCCCCAGCAAGACGGAGCUGCAGGGCACAGCAGCGGAGACCAACAGCAGCUGAAUGGGAGGUCCAGCUUUGGUUCUAUGAGUGCACAGGAAAGAGGCACCAGGAAAGAAAUAAGGACCAAGUACAGAGAUCUCAUCGAUUCAGUCCAACAAAAUAGAGAAGAUUUACUGAGUCCAUCUAACAACAAACUAACAGAGAUUUUGGAAGCGGCAGACAGCCUUUUUGAAAAUGUGCGAGAGACGAGCGAAGCGGUGCUGGAUUCCAAGUUCGUUUCCAUGGCUACGGAGCUGAACAACGAAAGAGCCAGCCAGAUGCGAGAAGAGGACAGUGCUUUUGACCACGCUGCUUUUGCUGAGCACCUUCUCUCCUUCAUGGGUCUCAACCGACUGGAAAGUGGUAGGGGGGAGCAGAGCGAAGAGGAAAUUGAGGGUUAUUUGCCCAGAGAUGCCUGGCAGAGACUGGCCCAGAGAGCUGAGGCUUGCUUUCAGACAGCGCCGACCUUCCACUACAUGUUGGGUUCCUUCCAUGCAGAGCCGCCCCCUCCGAAGCAAAAGAUAGUACGUCAAGAGAAAGCCCCUAGCAAGGAAGCAAAAAGGAUCAUGCCCACUCAGCUGAAAAAGAUGGAAGAGACUGAGCAGGAAGCCACUGAGAAAGAAGUGGAGAGGAUCCUGGCCUGCCUAAAAAGUUAUCAUCAAGAUGACCCGACGUCGCCGAUAUCGUAUUACGAGUUUGUUAUCGACCCCAACUCCUUUCCACGCACCGUGGAGAACAUUUUUCACACGUCGUUCCUGGUCAGGGAUGGUUUGGUACAAAUUGGUUUGGAUCUAGAUAAGUUGCCUUUUAUAGUUCCGGUGGAGGAGGUGGUGACGGAAGGAGAAAGAGAAAACUGUCAUGCAGCUAUUGUUACAAUCAGCCCAAAGAGCUGGAAGGAGCUCAUCGAAGCUUUUGAGAUCACUGAGCCCAUGAUUCCGCCUCUGAACAGUCAGUGAUGGACCAAACCAGGGACUCGAUGGACUUGCAUUUGUUACGAAUUUGUUUCAAUUUUGAAUUUAUAUUGGAGAUAUUUAUACUUCAAUAAAAAUACAUUUUUGUCAUCAUGGGUGUAUGCUAGAUUGACUCAUUUGAGCCACAAAGCUAACAAAAAGAUAGAUCAUCAUACAAAUAUAUACAAAAGAAUGUAAAUAAAACUUAUUUAUAAUGAGCGGGGUUUAGUUUAUCAGUUGCUACAUUUCCUUCCACUGUUUAGUCUUUGCCUUCAGGCUGCACUGGAAUUAUGACUUAUUUUAUUUGUUUAUGUGGAAGAAAAAUAAUUGUAAAAAGUCCAGUAGUGGAAGAUUUUCUAGGACAACGGUUCCCAACCAUGGAAUACUGGUCCGUGGGUAACAUUACUUUUGAUAUAUUCUUUUUUUAUUUGAAAAAUAUCUUGUUUUGGAAAGUGACCAGAUUCUUUCUUUUACAAUGUUACAUCAGAAUAUAACUGAUUGACUGGUUGUGCAAAAGUAGCUGCAAACAUGAAAAAUAAAAUAUAAAGAAAAAUAA